AUGUAUGCCGAUAUGAUUUGUGAUGUGAUGCCACCAAUACCUGAAGAUGGUACUGGUGGUAGUGGUAUCAAUCAUGAAGAUAUUGAAUCAGAUAAUGGUGAUGAACCUCAAACAAAUAUUGAACAGUUAAUGGUAUCAAUGCUUGAAGAACGUGAUAAAUUACAAGAAAAAUUACAUGAAACAGAAGAAACAUUGAAUAACUCACAACAAAAAUUAAUUGAUACUGAAAAAGAACGUGAUAUAUUACUUCGUCAAUUAUCAUUAAAUGCACCACAGUUAUGUUCAUACAUACAUAUAUAUUUAAUGUAUAUGAUCUUGACAAUUUAUAGUGAUUAG